CAUUCCCCACCUAUUUCUGGUGGGUUCGUCCUGCGAAAACUUCCGUCUCUUUCCCAAAAAGCUCGAUCCAACCGUCCAGCGCUACCAAGCGUCUCUACGAAAACCUAAUUCCCAUUUUAACCUCCACAAAUCCCGGAAUUUCCAGUUCCACACCUAGCCCUCGUCACAACAGCAGUCUCUGCACUUCUCUUGAUAGAUCUUCCAUCGAUGGCAUCUUGGUAAAUUUCCCAAUCUCCAAAUCCUAUGUCCUUCGUAUCUGCAAUUCUCCUCUCUCUCUCUCUCUCUCUCUCUCUCUCUCGUCCUUCCAUGACGGCUCUGUAAAUAUUAGAAAAUUCAAACCCCAAAAUUACCUCCUUUGCAAGUCCGAUGGCAUCUCCGUGAAUUUUCCCAUCUCCAAGACCUAAUUCAUCCUUCCCAAAUACCCUUUUCCAACCAUCUCCAGAUCAAAAGAUCGUUCGGCCUCUUCGAAUCUCCACCGUCGAUGGCAAAGGAAUUCAACGUCCCGCCGGUCAUCUUCCCCUCCGGCGGGAAUCCCAGCACCAGCGCCGGGCCGCACCAGCGCCGACUCCCGACCGCUCCCUUCCAACCCCCACGGCCCGCCGUCAAUCCUACUCUUCCCUUCAUGUCGUUCGAUGUCGGAUCGGCCCCUCCCUCGACCUCCUUCUCUGCACCUGUUUUCGGCGGCAGCAUUGGUGGGUCGUCCGGAUCGCUUGGGUUCGAUGAAGAACCCCCUCUCCUCGAGGAGCUCGGGAUUAACACCCGCCAAAUCUGGCGGAAAACUGUUUCGAUCCUAAACCCCUUCCGAGUCAAUCCCAAUCUCCAUGAAGACGCAGACUUAUCCGGGCCGUUUAUUUUCCUGAUGGCCUUUGGCCUCUUCCAGCUUCUAGCGCACAAGCUCCACUUCGGUAUAAUCCUUGGGUGGGUCACUGUCGCCGCCCUCUUCCUAUAUGUUGUCUUCAACAUGCUGGCGGGCCGCAAUGGGAACUUGGAUCUGUACCGUUGUUUCAGCCUCGUGGGGUAUUGUAUGCUGCCAAUGGUGAUAUUCUCGGCAGUGUCACUCUUUGUGCCGGAGCAAGGGGUGGUGAUUUUCGGGCUGGGGGCGUUUUUCGUGCUUUGGUCGACAAGGGUUUGUACGAGGCUUUUGGUCGAGCUGGCGUCGUGCGGGGAUGAACAUAGAGGGCUGAUAGCGUAUGCUUGUUGGCUGAUUUACAUGCUUUUCUCGUUGCUUGUGAUAUUCUGAUUUUUGGAUCGGUGGUAAUUGGCACAUGGGGAUGACACAAAAUUGGAUUUCAUGAUGAAAUGUUGAAGACCAGUUGCUCCAGUCUAUCAGUCGAGUCAGGAUGCCAGAGUAGAAAUUCCUCUCUGCUCGAGUUUGAUUGAGCCUCACCACAGCAUAUUUUGAAGUAAUCUUUUAGCAAUACAUUAUUCACAUCCAUACCAAACCGGUGCAGAGAAUUCGGCAUGCAUGGACAACUUAUGCACCUAUAAUGCAUACUGCAGGAUUUGUUAACAGAUGGAGAACACGUACAAGAUGCUUGAAAUGAGGAGGCAGUCAGGACUAGCAAUGUUCUUUGCUGGUGGGUCAUAGAAAUGUCUUAGGUUGCCUUUUGUUUGUUCAGUUAAUGUGUGAUUCACUGCUUUUUGAAAAUUGUUUUCUUUAAAAAUUCUGGUCUCUUCUUUAAUCUUUACCAGAAAAAAAUAAAAUCCAGAGACCCGCCAGAUGGGCAGCUUGGAUCUAAUUGCACUGGAUCACCACACACACACACGUCAUGUACUCUUAUCAAGAUGUGAUGGCAAUGUUUGGUUAGUUUCGGAAUAUAUCUUGGAAGCAUUUUGCAGUGGGAUAUGAUUAAAUGGUGUGGGGACCACUGUGAUAUGUUGAUGACAUCCAAUUCAUCCAUCGAAUGCCCCUAGCUUGUUUGGCAAGUGCCCAAAAAUCAGUCCAAUCCAAAACUGAGGUGGGAUCAUGGUAGGAAACGGUUCAGGGGUGACAUGUGCCAUUGAUCCAAGUUGCGCCCAACGGAGUGUCGAAAUAGGUCGAUGGCUGUGGGGUCCCUUCAUAUUGGGCAGAUGCUUUAGGUGAAUGGGUUGUAUGAAACACCCUGCGCGGGGGCUCUCCACGGGAAUCAAGGGUGGGUGCUCCCCCUCAACUGCUUUCCUAUCAUGUCGCCCACACCAAGAUUUUUUGGUCCCAAUCCCAAACGAGGGGUGAUGCAUCUGAUUUUUGGAGUGGAUGUCAUCAGAACAGCAUGGUGGGACCUACAAAUGUUUUUGACGAAA